UGGAACCCCAAAUUAAGGAAUUAAGCACUGAGUAAGUAUUAACCUCAAAACAUUGCCCACCAGCUUUUCUGCUCUACUUUUAUAAUAAAGCAAAAGUAGGAAUAAAAAGAAAAACUGAAUAGAUGAAAGAAAGUUAUGAGAAAACAACAUAAGCAAAGUUCCUGAACCCCAUCUCUAUAAAAUACUGUGAGACCCCAAAGCUUUAAGUUUCUUCAACAGCUUGUAAGAAAGCAAAACAGUACAGAACUCUCAAACCUUUAGCCAAGGCUUGUUUGGGUGUACUGUACAUACAAGGAAAUAUCACAAAGGAAACUCUUCCAGUGCAGCAAAUGAUGGUUGAUAACCCUAACUGGUGGAGCAUGCAUCAACAACCUUCUUUGAUCCCUCCCCAAUAUGUGUUUCCUCCUUCUUCAAUUCCUUUUAAUUCUUUGACUGAAAAUCAAGAGCCUCCUCAGUCAUGGAGUCAACUGUUUUUUACUGGAUUACCGGGAGAAGAAGAGAAACUUGGGCCUAAGAAGUUGGAAAACUGGAAUGUCCAAGAUCUUAAUACUGCUUCUAGAGUUCCAUUUCUUGAUGUAAUAAGGCAACAAGUUUCUCAAAGGGGCAAUUUGUACGACCACGGGCCAUCUUGGUCACAUAUGGUGCCUGUUUCUUCCCCCGUGUCUUGUGUCACUAGCUUCAGUAGUAAUAAUAUAUUGGAUUUCACUUAUAACAAGUCAGAUCAUAGGAGAAAUCUACAACAAGACCAAAUAUCCAAGUGUAAUAGCACAGCCACUGUUGGAGUUUGUAAAAAGGCUAGGGUUCAGCCAUCUUCAAGCCAAGCACCUCUCAAGGUGCGGAAGGAGAAGCUAGGUGAUAGAAUAACAACCCUUCACCAACUAGUUUCCCCGUUUGGAAAGACUGACACAGCUUCUGUCCUGUUAGAAGCCAUAGGAUAUAUAAGGUUCCUACAGGGCCAAAUUGAGGCACUCAGCUCUCCUUACUUGGGCAGUGCAUCAAAAAACAUGAGGAAUCAACAGUCUGUACAUGGAGAAAGAAAUUCUGUUCCAGAGGACCCCGGUCAGCUGUUGAAUGACAAUAAUAUUGGCCUGAAAAGAAAGGGAGCUCCGAACCAGGAUGCGGAAGAUCAUAAAGCUAAGGAUUUGAAGAGUAGAGGGUUGUGCUUGGUCCCGGUGUCUUGUACCCAGAAUAUGCAUGUUGGAAGCUAUUACUGGGCGCCCGCAUACGGCAGAGGAUUUUAACAUGUAGCCAAUUAAUAGCAACGAUAUAUCUUUUUCAGAGGAAGACUAUUUGAUAUAAUAUAUAUAACAUCGUGAGCAGUCAAUCUGUGCCAAUGAAUUAAAAGGUUGAUUGCUCACGAUGCUAUGCCUCAUAUUCAAUUCUAAUUUACCCUUAGUUUGUUAAAUUAGUUAUGCACUCUCUCUGAUCUACUUAGAAUAACUUAUUUUUUAAGCUUUGUCAAAACAUUAUUAAUUGUUUGGUUCUUCUAAAUAUGCGUUGGGGGGGA